CGACUUUUAUUUUCUCCUCAGAUUAUUAUUUUUUCCUCUUCUUCGUGUACCGCUCUCUCAAACUCGGACUAGGGUUAAGGAUUUUAGGCGACCAUGGAUAUGUUGAAGAAACGAAAGCUCGAUGAUAAUGGAAUCGGGAUGCUAAACGACGGUGUCAUCGGCGCUGUUUCGUCUCGAUUGAUGCCACAAGACGCGAGGAAGAUUAUCGAGCGGUUCUCUACUGAUCAGCUUCUCGAUAUCCUGCAGGAAGCUAUUGUGCGGCAUCCAGAUGUCCUAGAAAUCGUUAGAUCAACCGCGGAUUCCGAUAUCUCUCAGAGGAAGCUCUUCAUCCGUGGACUCGCGGCGGAGACAACGACGGAAGGUCUUCGUUCGCUUUUCUCCAAUUACGGAGAUCUUGAAGAAGCUAUUGUGAUUCUCGAUAAGGUUACUGCUAAAUCCAAAGGGUAUGGUUUCGUUACUUUUAAGCAUGUUGAUGGGGCUCUGCUUGCUUUGAAAGAGCCGUCUAAGAAGAUUGAUGGGCGCGUUACGGUUACGCAGCUUGCGGCGGCUGGGAAUCAAGGUACCACGAACUCACAUGUUUCAGACAUAUCGAUGAGGAAGAUUUAUGUGGCGAAUGUGCCGUUUGAUAUGCCGGCGGAUAGGUUAUUGAAUCAGUUUUUGGCUUAUGGGGAUAUUGAGGAAGGUCCUUUGGGUUUUGAUAAAAUCACUGGUAAAUCAAGGGGUUUUGCGCUGUUUGUUUACAAGACUGCAGAAGGUGCUCAGGCUGCACUUGCUGAACCUAUGAAGGUGGUUGAUGGAAAGAAUUUGCAGUGUAAAUUGGCUAUUGACGGUAAGAAAGGAAAGCCACCAGGUCAAGAUGGUGGUGCUGGGGUUGGACAUGGUCAUGGUCAUGGUGAUGGAAUGGGUAUGGUUCCUCCUCCUGGACCUUAUGGUGUAGCUGGUGGUGGUCACGGUGGACCUGGUGGGCUGGGUGGUUAUGGUGGAUAUUCAGGAGGACAAGCACCGCAUCACAUGAAUUCCACACCGUCUUCAAUGGGUGUUGCUGCUGCUGGUGGAGCAGGUGCCUAUGGAGGGGCAUAUGGUGGUCAUUACAGUGCAUACGGUGGUGCAGGAACUGGGGGUUAUGGUGGUCUUGGUGCAGGAUCAAUGGGCGUUUCUGGUGGUGGUUAUGGGCCUGGUUCUGGAAGUGGGGCGUAUAGAAUGCCACCCAGUUCGAUGUCUGGUGGUGGUUAUCCAGAGAGUGGGCACUAUGGACAUUCAUCAGCGUCAGCAUAUCCUGGACAACAUCAGCCUGUUGGUUCCUCUCCGGUGCCAAGAGUUCCUCUUGGAGGAAUGUACCCCAAUGUUCCACCAAAUUACUGAGCGGUUUGUGACAGGGAGAAGAUGCUUUUUGUGCUUAAUGGUGAUUUCCUGAUUGCAGCCUCUUUAAAAUCUCUGGAUUGAUGAAUGUAUUGCUGAUUUGAUAUCUCUCUCUCUCUCUCUCUGCACUUGAUCUGAAUGUGUCUUGGCGUAUGAAAUGCCUAGUUGCUCUAUGACUGAUUAUAGACUAGGAUAUCAUCCUGUAUUUUUUUUCUUUCAUAGGCAUAGUCGGCAGAUUGGUUUUGUUUGUCAGAGUAGUGAGAGUUUUUAAUAAUAUUGGUGUAAUUUUUUACUUUGUACUGGUUAAUGCUCCUUUACUUUUGUGUCUUUGCUACAACAUAGAUACUUGUCUGUGAUCUUUGUGGACAUUCGUUUUGGUUAAAAUCUACCUACAGAAUCCUUUACUUGACAUAAACAAAAGUGGCACUGGAAGAUUUGCUGUGUGGAUCAUAUUGUUGACUGGUUGAUUCAUAGGUUGAAAGUGCUGAACAUGUGCUGUAGCAGCUUGAUAUACUGAGCAACUUCUAUUGCCUUUCAUCAUUUCAAAUCAGACAUGGGAAGCCCCAUUGUCUAUCCAUGUCAAAUACAGACAUGAUAAAAGUGUCUUGAAGAGUAUGUUUUUUGUUAGCUGAUGUUGCCAUUGUUUGAUUCAGAUGAUAAACAAAUCUAUUUGAUUCUUUGUGGUAUAUCAAGGGAUAAGAGUUUUUCUAUCAAAGAUUUUUUUUUUUUUUUUCCUUAAAAAAAUGACUUUGUUUGGGUAAAUAUCCGCUAUUGAUAUUUGACAGUUCUUGCUUUGGUGUCCACAAUUUACGAGAAAUUGGUAUAAAAUAUUCUCUUGUCCUCUUGGGUCUGAAGACAAAGACUUUGAUCUGAUCUCACUUCUUGUCCACAAACAGACUAGUCGUGUGUCAUUGUUAGUAGAAAUCAUUUUUCAUCACACUAACGUAUAUGACCACUUGGUCUUUUGUUUUACAUUUCAUUUGGUCCUUAUUGGGAGAUUUUCCGGUGCAACCUCGUGGGUGCGGGCUACAUAAUAACUUUGGGCUGUGUGAGGAGGACGAGGAUGACGACUACAACGAAACAAACUCUUUUUAAACAUGUAAACCAUAGAUGUGUAUAGGGCUACAUUUUUGUACGUUUCAUCUAUAAUAUAAUCAUCUUCUUCAAAAAAAAAUGUGUAUUGACAUAAUUGUAAUGUAACCAAAAUUAUUACCGAUCAAUGUGGUGUUUCUACUGCUA